CUGACUCCAAAGACAAAGGGAAACCCCAUUUACACCCUCACCCCUUUUCACUACCUACCUUAUCCUGUGAUACCCCCAAACGACCGUAUUUUCUUUUCGGUAUAUCCCACAAGGUCUUUCAAAAUGGCCUCAACCACGAAACAGCGCCUCGCGGUCGCCAUCUGCGAAUUCCUCUCCUCCUCCGUCACCGACGGCACCCUCCCCGCCGACGACAAGGACUCCAUCGACGUCGCCAUCCAGUGCAUCGCCGACUCCUUCAAGGUCGACCCCUCCGACCCCAAGCAGCUCUCCGACGCCGUCGGCACCCAGAACCUCUUCCAGAUCUACGCCGUCUACGAGUCCCUCAAGAAGGCCAAGGAGCAAAAUGCCGGUGCCUCGUCAACAGGCGCGGCCGCCGGCGCCGGUGCCGCCGCGGCCGGUAGCACCAAGCUCCCCACCGAAGAAGAGAAGAAGGAGGCCGACGCCCUCAAGUCCCGCGGCAACGCCGCCAUGGCCUCCAAGGACUACCCCGCCGCCAUCGACCUCUACACCAAGGCCCUCGCCCUGAACCCCGGCAACGCCGUCUUCCUCUCCAACCGCGCCGCCGCCCACUCCGCCGCCAAGGAUCACGAGUCCGCAAAGGCCGACGCCGAGGCCGCCGUCGCCAUCGACCCGGCCUACACGAAAGCCUGGUCCCGCCUCGGCCUCGCCCGCUUCGCCCUCGGUGACGCGAAGGGCGCCAUGGAGGCCUACGGCAAGGGCAUCGAGUACGAGGGCUCCGGAGGCUCCGAGGCCAUGAAGAAGGGCUUCGAGACGGCCAAGCGCCGCGUCGAGGAGAUGCAGCAGGAGGAGGUCGACCUGCCCCGCUCGUCCCCGGGCGUCGGCGGCGGUGCCGGCGGCGGUGGUAUGCCCGACCUGAGCAGCCUGGCGAGCAUGCUGGGCGGUGGUGCUGGCGGCGCUGGCGGCGGCGGUGGCAUGCCUGAUUUCAGCCAGAUCAUGAACAACCCCAUGUUCGCGAGCAUGGCCCAGAACCUGAUGAGCAAUCCCGAGAUGAUGGGCAAUCUUAUGAGCAACCCUCGUCUCCGCGAAAUGGCCGACCGCUUCGGUAGCGGUGGUGGCAUGCCCGACCUCAGCACUCUGAUGUCCGACCCGAACAUCGCUGACAUGGCACGGAACAUGAUGGGAGGUGGUGGCGCUCCUGGCGCCGGCGGUGCCCCCGGUGGUGGUGCAGGUGCUGGCCGUGGAGGCUCUGCCUAA